GGGAAGCCAGCGAGGUCGGUUCCGCCCGGUUCUAACAUGGCGGCGCCCUUUGUCUGCUGUGAAGCGCUGCCCCCGGCCUUCUCGCGGCCGUGAUGCACCUCCAUCUGUGGUGGGGUUCGGGACAUGGCAGGUGAUGAGCUGGAGGCGGGGAGCCGAGCUGGAGAUCCUACAGGCACACUGUCUGAGAAGAGAGACCCUGGCCUUUUGGAGAUCUGAGCCAUGGAUUUCCCCCAGCACAGCCAGCGUGUCUUGGAGCAGCUGAACCAGCAGCGGCAACUGGGCCUCCUCUGUGACUGCACCUUUGUGGUGGACGGCGUUGACUUCAAGGCUCACAAGGCGGUGCUGGCAGCUUGCAGCGAGUACUUCAAGAUGCUCUUUGUGGACCAGAAGGACGUGGUGCACCUAGACAUCAGUAAUGCGGCAGGCCUGGGGCAGGUGCUGGAGUUCAUGUACACUGCUAAGCUGAGCCUUAGCCCUGAGAACGUGGACGAUGUUCUGGCCGUGGCCAGCUUCCUCCAGAUGCAGGAUAUUGUCACGGCCUGCCACACGCUCAAGUCCCUCGCUGAGCCGAGCAGCACCACUGGGGAGAGCGCAGACGCCUCAGCUGUGGAAGGAGGAGACAAGAGAGCCAAAGACGAGAAGGCCGCUGCCACCAUGUUGAGCAGGCUGGACCAAGCAAGAGGCAGCUCCUCCACAGGCCCGGGCAGAGAACUCAAGGAGGAGCGGGGUGGCCAGGCAGAAAGUGCAUCCAGUGGCGCAGAGCAGACGGAGAAGGCAGACGCUCCCCGGGAGCCUCCACCUGUGGAGCUCAAGCCGGACCCCACAAGCAGCAUGGCGGCUGCAGAAGCCGAAGCCUUAUCAGAGAGCUCAGAGCAAGAAAUGGAAGUGGAGCCAGCCAGCAAAGGAGAAGACGGACAAGAGGAAGAGGGUGCAGGGCCUGCCACAGUCAAGGAAGAGGGGAUGCAUCUGGAUAACGGGGAGCCUCCUGAGGAGAAUGAAGAGUCUGCCGGCACAGAUUCUGGGCAGGAGCUUGGCAUGGAGGGUCAGAACCUGCGCUCGGGCACCUACGGGGAUCGCACUGAGUCCAAGGCUUACGGCUCCAUCAUCCACAAGUGCGAGGACUGCGGGAAGGAGUUCACGCACACAGGGAACUUCAAACGGCACAUCCGCAUCCACACGGGGGAGAAACCUUUCUCAUGCAGGGAGUGCAGCAAGGCUUUCUCGGACCCUGCAGCGUGCAAGGCUCAUGAGAAGACACACAGCCCGUUGAAACCCUAUGGGUGUGAGGAGUGUGGCAAGAGCUACAGGCUCAUCAGCCUGCUGAACCUGCAUAAGAAGAGGCACUCCGGGGAGGCGCGCUACCGCUGCGGGGACUGUGGCAAGCUCUUCACCACUUCAGGCAACCUCAAGCGCCACCAGCUGGUACACAGUGGCCAGAAACCCUACCAGUGCGACUACUGUGGCCGCUCCUUCUCUGACCCCACCUCUAAGAUGCGCCACCUGGAGACUCACGACACCGACAAGGAACACAAGUGUCCUCACUGCGACAAAAAGUUCAACCAGGUGGGGAACCUGAAGGCCCACUUGAAGAUCCACAUUGCCGAUGGCCCUCUUAAGUGCCGGGAGUGCGGGAAGCAGUUCACCACCUCAGGGAACCUCAAGCGGCACCUGCGGAUCCACAGUGGGGAGAAGCCGUACGUAUGCACCCACUGUCAGCGGCAGUUUGCCGACCCAGGCGCGCUACAGCGGCACGUCCGGAUCCACACGGGUGAGAAGCCGUGCCAGUGUGUGAUAUGUGGUAAGGCCUUUACCCAAGCCAGCUCCCUCAUCGCCCAUGUACGCCAACACACGGGGGAGAAGCCCUACGUCUGUGAACGCUGUGGCAAGAGAUUUGUCCAGUCCAGCCAGUUGGCCAACCACAUCCGUCACCAUGACAACAUCCGACCGCACAAGUGCAGCGUGUGUAGCAAGGCCUUCGUGAAUGUGGGGGACCUGUCCAAGCACAUUAUCAUCCACACCGGAGAGAAGCCUUAUUUGUGUGACAAAUGUGGCCGUGGUUUCAACCGGGUAGACAACCUGCGUUCUCAUGUAAAGACCGUGCAUCAGGGCAAGGCGGGCAUCAAGAUCCUGGAGCCAGAAGAGGGUGGUGAGGUCAGCGUGGUCACUGUGGACGACAUGGUCACCCUGGCCACUGAGGCUCUGGCAGCGACAGCGGUCACUCAGCUAACAGUGGUACCAGUGGGGGCCGCAGUGACAGCUGACGAGACGGAAGUACUCAAAGCUGAGAUCAGCAAAGCUGUCAAGCAAGUGCAGGAAGAAGACCCCAACACCCACAUCCUCUACGCUUGUGAUUCCUGUGGGGACAAGUUCCUGGAUGCCAAUAGCCUAGCCCAGCAUGUUCGGAUCCACACAGCCCAGGCACUGGUCAUGUUCCAGACGGAUGCGGACUUCUACCAGCAGUAUGGGCCAGGCAGCACGUGGCCAGCCGGGCAGAUGCUGCAGGCUGGAGAGCUCGUCUUCCGUCCUAGGGAUGGGACUGAGGGCCAACCCACACUGGCAGAAAGUCCACCCACAGCUCCUGAUUGCCUACCACCUGCCGAGUGAGCAGGUGGCCUCUGACUGUUUAUUUAAGGAUGGAUGGCACCCUAGGACUCAGAAGGUGCUCCUGCCCCAUUCCCUAGAGAAUAAAUGAUUAUUUUCUAAUGUUGCCUGUGGUCCCUGUGUCACCAGUAGGUGGGGAACAGGCACCUAUACAAGUGACAAUUUAAUAGUGUCCCUCAUGCAAAGUGGAGCUUCAUACCAUCCUAAGCUAUUCAGCCACAGGUGGCGCCCCAUAGCUGGCGUGCACCCAAGAGGCCGGUACCAGGGUCCAGCCAGAGCAGCCACCCAGGGACAGACCACCGGCUGGCUCCUCAGUGAAGUAAGGCCUGGUACCUGCUUUACCUAGGCCACAGCAGCGCCGUGCUGUGGCAGUACUCACUGCUGCAUGCAGUGUGCUACCAGGAUGGCAAGGGGACAGGAAGGGAGCAGGGGCCCCAGGGACCUGGGCAGGCCUGCUCUAUAGUCCCAACUGCAUUCCCCAGAAAACAUUGGUGCCUCGGCUUCUUCUUGAGGGUAGGUACAGAAUUAGCCCCAGGAAUAGUGGGCUCCUGGCCACUACAAGGAGUGAUGGCACCAGCAGGAGCCAGCAAGGGGGCGGAGAAAGAAAGGGUCUCAGUAUGUACCAGAGUCUGAGGUGCCUGCCGUCCCAGUGGCCUAGGCUGAGCACAGGGGAAAGGCUCCUUGUUCCCGGAUGUGGGGUGGGGUCUGCUGUGCAAGUCAAGAAACCGAGGCGCCCACUGAGUGACAACCACCUUCACACCUGAGGUGUUUUGUAUUUUUUAAUAAAGUUUGUAAUCCAAUGGACACACAGAAC